GCUCCAGACAACAAUACUAUAUGUCUGAUUUUCUCCUCAGCUAGGUCUCAUACACUGGCAGGCUUCUCAGUCAAUCCCUUACUAUUGGACAGUGUCACUAAACCCUUCGGGUCAGGUUUCCUUUGUGACCACAGCACGCUUCCGACAUAACGGGCUGCAGCUGCAACUCAGAAUGAAAACAGUUAAUCUGCCCUGAGACCCAGAAAAACAAGGCAAACAUGCUCUGCCUGGGAAAUGAAAGGGUAAUGCAGCAGGAGAUAUAAAGAAGUAGACUUCUGUAAAAUGAUAUGCACAUCACGUGAAAGGAGAGAUUCUGUCUUCAAAACAUGAUGAAGCUUUCCAGUUAGCCUAACAAACAAUGAAACUCAAGUCAGCCAUUGUUGUGAUAGUACUUUACCUUCAAAGCAGCCUUGUGGAUGGGCAAACCAUUUGCAAAAGAUACCCAAUGAUUUCCGAAUGGCAAACACAGCCAAGAGUGCACACGGUGAAGUGGUCCCUGACUCAAGACAUCUGUUCCAAAUUUUACACAGACUGCUGGAGUUUUGAUUCAGAUCAUGCGGGAAAUGUCAUUGAAAAUAUGUUUCUCAAUAACCCUCAGAUUUGCCCUUUGCAGAUUCAGUUGGGAGAUGCAGUCUUCAUUUCUUCUGAGCCAUCUUUUCAGUCACAUGGCAUGAACUUGGCAAAUGUUACCAUGGAAGAAUUUCUUUUCUGCCCUAGACAAGCAGAUGUCCCUCAGACACAGCUAAUUUUUGGUUGCAGGUUGAGUGGGAUGCACCAGAUUGACCCUAAAUGGCUUGGAACUGGCACACAUUAUUUUGCAGAAGUUUCCGCUCAAGGACCACGUCUGUGUCCUUUAGGACUUAGACUGAAUGUGACUGUGAAACCACAUCUUUGUCAGCAGUCUCCAAGUGCACCAUUUUGCUCUGGACGUGGUAAAUGCCUCAGUCAAAUCUGGGAUGAAACAUAUAACUGCUAUUGUAAGCAAUCAUAUUCAGGACAGUUCUGCCAAGAAUUUGAUGUGUGCUCCAGCAAACCUUGUUACAACAAUGCUUCCUGCAUUGGCAAAGAGAAGAAAGGAGAACAUGGUGAAGAUUCUUAUGAAUGCAUAUGCCCCCCACUAUUUGCAGGGAAGAAUUGCACAGAAAUAAUUGGACAAUGCCAACCAAGUACUUGUCUCAAUGGCAACUGCAGCAAUAUUUCACCAAAUACAUACAGAUGUCAAUGUAAUAAAGACACUUCAGGUCCCUUUUGUGAAGAGCAGGUGGAAUCUUGUGUUUCUCAACCAUGUCAGAAUGGAGCAAUAUGUUACAAUACUCCAUCUAGCUAUAUUUGUGAUUGUCCAGCUGGAUUUCUGGGUCAGGACUGUGAAACUGAUAUUAAUGAAUGCUUUUCAAGACCAUGUCAAAAUGGAGGCACCUGCACUGACAUGCCAAAUGAUGUGUCAUGUUCCUGCUUGCUGAAGUUCAUAGGCAAAUUCUGUGAGAAGUCAGCAACACCUUGUGAUCCCUCUCCAUGUCUGAAUAAUGGGAGUUGUACAGAGAAAGGAGAGAACUAUCAAUGCAGCUGCAUGCCAGGACACACUGGAAGGAACUGUGAGCAAGUAAUUGACUACUGCAGGCUGCUCAGCAUCAACUGUCUGAAUGAAGGAUUGUGUCUCAACAUAAUUGGAGGAUUCAGUUGUCUCUGUGCUCCUGGUUGGGUAGGAGAAUUUUGCCAGAUUGUUGAAGAUGCCUGCUUAAUUUAUCCAGACAACUGCCAUGCAGGAGCAACAUGUGUUGAUGUAAGCCCAUCAAAGCUACAGCCACAAAUUGAGUGUGUCUGUGCAGCUGGUUUCACAGGGGUUUCCUGUGAGACAGAAAUCAAUGAAUGUGAGAGUGAUCCAUGCAAACAUGGAGGGACAUGCGAUGAUUCCCUGGGACAUUUUAAGUGCAUCUGCCCAGUGGGAUUUGAAGGUGUGCAAUGUGAAAUAAAUAUUGAUGCUUGUCUAUUCAACAACAUAACCUGCAACCCAGGAGCUCAGUGUGUGGAUAAACCAUAUGAACUUUCUUAUAUGUGUGGGAAAGCAUGCAAAGGAAAUUCAGAGUUGUGUGAGAAUGGAGGCAGAUGCUAUCACAAUGAAGACAACCAGGACUAUCAAUGUAUCUGUGCUCCUGGAUGGACUGGACCUACAUGUUCGCAAAAUAUUAAUGACUGUGAAGUGAGCUGGUGUCAGAAUGGAGGCACUUGUGAAGAUGGAAUCAAUGAAUACAGGUGCCUGUGUCCUCCAGGUUAUUCUGGUACAUUUUGCGAACGUGUCUUAGACCCUUGCUUUCAAAAUCGCUGCUCAGACCAUGGCUUUUGUCUGCCGAAUUUGAAUAAUUACACCUGCCAAUGUAGGCUUGGCUAUGAAGGACCAUUCUGUGAAGUAGAGGCUAAUGAAUGCUCAAGUUCACCCUGCAAAAAUGGGGCCACCUGUUUGGAUUUAAUUGGUCACUUCUCAUGUCAGUGUGCCGCAGGCUUCAAAGGAGAAACCUGUGCCAAGAAUGUGGGGAGCUGUGUAGACCAGCCUUGCCAGAAUGGAGCAACUUGUGAAGACACCACAAAUGGCUUGAAAUGCAACUGUCCAUUUGGAUUUGAAGGUCUGAACUGUGAAAUCAACUUUGAUGACUGCUCUUACCACUUCUGCAAAAACAAUUCAACAUGUUUAGACCUGGUUGCAGACUAUGCUUGUAUUUGUCCUCCAGGCUUCACUGACAAAAACUGUUCAAUGGACAUUGAUGAAUGUGCCGUCAAACCCUGCAAAAAUGGAGCCAGUUGCCAUAAUGUGAUUGGCAAAUUUUACUGUAACUGCUUGCCAGGUUUUACUGGUGAAUUUUGUGAAACAAAUAUUGGUGGCUGCAUGUCAAAUCCUUGUGGAGCUUAUAACCUCUGUAAAGAUACACUGGAUGGUUAUCAUUGUUUUUGUGCACCUGGUUUUAUAGGUAAUAACUGUGAAAUAGAAGUGGAUGAGUGCCUAAGUGGCCCAUGUCAUAACGGUGGUACUUGUGUUGAGCACCUUAAUGCUUUCAGGUGCUUAUGUCCGUAUGGAUUUCAAGGCACACUUUGUGAAAUCAAUAUUAAUGAAUGUCACUCAAAUCCCUGUCUUCAUAAUGCAACCUGUACAGACCUUAUCAGUGGAUAUGACUGCUCCUGCCUACCUGGCUUCACUGGUCUACACUGUGAAACUGAUAUAGAUGAGUGUGCUUCUUUUCCUUGCAAAAACGGAGGCACCUGCAUUGACCAACCUGGUAAUUACUACUGCCAAUGUGUGGCUCCAUUUAAAGGUGUUAACUGUGAAUUCAGGCCUUGUGAGGCUGGGAAUCCCUGUGAGAAUGGAGCUAUAUGUCUAAAAGAGAGAGAUUUGGCUUCCUUUCCCUUUGGAUUUCAAUGCCAGUGUAAGAAGGGGUUUGCAGGCCCCCGCUGUGAAAUCAACAUCAAUGAAUGCAGUUCCAGUCCUUGCCUCCAUGGAUAUUGUUAUGAUGUUGUUGAUGGCUUCUAUUGUUUGUGCAACCCUGGAUAUGCGGGACCAAAAUGUGACCAAGACAUUGAUGAUUGCCUUAGUAAUGCAUGUAAACACAAUUCUACUUGCAUGGAUCUCCAUCUGGGUUACAAGUGUCUUUGCCCCCCAGGCUGGGAGGGAUCAUUUUGUGAAACUGAAGUCAACGAAUGUGACUCUGUGCCUUGUGAGAACAAUGGAACUUGCAUCGAUCUUUUCAAUGACUUCCGAUGUGUGUGUGCAGAAGGCUGGACUGGACAAUGGUGCAGUGAAGAUAUAAAUGAAUGUGAUUCUGAGCCCUGCUUGAAUGGAGCUACCUGCUAUGAGUCCAUUGUCCACGGUCAAUUUCUCUGUGUUUGUCCCCCAUUUUAUAUUGGGAAAAUUUGCCAGUAUCGCUACAACCCAUGUAGUGACCCCUACAAUCCAUGUAUAAACAAUUCUACAUGUUUGGCUCAAGUUGAUGGGAAGCCAUUGUGUAUCUGUCCAAAAGGAUUUGGAGGUAGUUACUGUGAAAUCGACAACAAUGAGUGUGCUUCCAGUCCGUGUCAGAAUCAAGGUCGCUGUGUGGAUGGGUUUAACAGUUACAGGUGCCUCUGCAGAGAGGGCUUUUCGGGGACAUUGUGUGAAGUAGAGAUUAAUGAAUGUGCAUCAAAUCCCUGUACAAACAGUGGAACAUGCUUAGAUCUGAUAAACAGGUUCCUUUGCAACUGCCCACCUGGUUACUAUGGUUUACUUUGUGAGCUGGAUGUAAAUGAGUGUGAAAUUCUUCCUUGCUUGCAUGGUGGAAGCUGCUUCAAUCACCCAGGGGGCUAUCAGUGUGUCUGCGCUCCUGGCUUUACAGGCAACCAGUGUGAAGUGGAUAUAGAUGAGUGUAAUUCAGCACCUUGUCUCAACAAUGGAAGCUGUGUUGAUGACAUCAAUUUCUACAAGUGCUACUGCCGAAGUGGUUUUCUUGGGAUAAACUGUGAAAUAAAUGCUGACGAAUGCUUGUCAGCACCUUGUCAUCAUGGAAGAUGCAUCGAUCUUAUAGAUGGCUAUCAAUGCUACUGUGAAGCCGGAUGGACCAGUUCAAGAUGUGAAAUUGACAUUCAUGAAUGUGAAUCAGUUCCCUGUCUUAAUGGUGGUUCGUGUCAAGAUUUGGUCAAUGCAUUUGAGUGCAUUUGCUUGAGUGGAUACACUGGUGAAUUCUGCGAAGUGGAUAUUGACGUUUGUGUCGAACCUCUUCUGAACUCAUCCCUCUGUUUCAACGGAGGUAAAUGUGUUGAUGGCCCUGGAAGAACUUUUUAUUGCAGGUGCCCAGAUGGCUUUUCUGGACAUUUUUGUGAAAUAGACAUCAAUGAAUGCAGCUCUUCACCUUGCUUACAUGACUCAAUCUGUGAAGAUCUUAUUAAUGGCUUCUUCUGCAGAUGCCAAAGAGGUUGGGAAGGCUUCCAUUGUGAAGACGACAUCAAUGAAUGUGCCUCUAAUCCCUGCAUACAUGGGAUUUGUACCCAGAAAGAACCAGGCUUGGGUUAUACCUGUUACUGUGACCCUGGAUUUGUGGGCCAAAGCUGUGAGCUUAAUUAUGAUGACUGCUUAAUGCAAACCUGCCCAGUUGGAUAUCAUUGUGUGGAUGGAAUAAACAAUAUCACCUGCUUUCCUGAUGCCCCUUGGAGGCCCCAGGCCACAAUGAAAAUGGAUAGAGAGCCCUCUGCUGAGCCAUUAAAAGGAGGCUUCACCCAAGGCCAGUCAAGCCUCAUAAUACCUGAGAUGUCUCCAUCACAGACUUCUGCAGACAUUCUCACUUCCCAGCUGUUGGGGUAUAUAGGCCUAUCUUCAAGAGGAACAAAAUUCGACAUAACAGCUGUGGCAGAGGUGAUGAUUGAUAGUUCACCAGAUGCAACACUAGUCAUGCACUCAGAAGAUAAGUAUGAUGGGAUCUCAUUCAUCAUAAAGUCCUUAAUGACAGUUCCUCUUCCCUCGUCGCAAAGAGGUUUGUCAGUAGCAAACCAUGAGAUUCUUACUUUACCUGCCAUAGACACAAGCUCAGCAAUUAGCAACAUGCCAGAAACCAAGACUGAAUCAAAUAGUUACUCAUUAUUUUCUCCUGGAUCUCAGCUGGCCACUCCAGCAAUUGUGCACUCAACUCUUUCGAUACUUUUCUUACCUCGUGAGAUCACUAGACAGCAAUUAGCUAUUUCUAUAACGUCAGAACGUGAGGACUGGGUUUUAUUAAAGCCAUCAAUGACAUUUAUUUUCCCCUCAGAAAAAACUGACUUAGAAAAGGUAGACUGCUUUAGCUCAUCAGUGAUACAGGGAUCCAAAAGACAAAUAUCCCUUCCCAAUGAAUAUUUAGAUAUUAGUAUGUCAUCUCUCAGCCAUGAGAUCACAGAGCUCCUCACACUGUCUACUUGUUCUUUAAGCAAUUUAAAUCAAACAUGUAUGAAGGACUCCAUAGUUGAUAUAAAAUUCUUGGAUGAAUCUUCAGAUCACGUUUUACAUAGCAAAGAAUCCCUAUUUUAUCAGGCAUCCUGGGUGUACUUGACAAUGCUAACCAGUUGGUAUACAUUAAUAAAAUCUACUGCUGUUACUUCUGGGUAUUCAUUUGUUUCAACUUCUGAAACAGCACCAUCAAUGAAGUUCAAAAAAGUAUCUUCUUGGUAUCCUGCUGAAAGAGGCAGAGAUAAAUCCAGGCUGGAAGAAUAUGUUAAGACUACACCCUUACAGGGACUAAACACUGGUUUCUCAUGUAUUUAUUCAGACUGUAUAGCAACUGUUCUUUCAGAAACCUUCCAUUUGGAGCCAUCCUUUUCAACAAUCAAAACCUCUCAAGGAGGAAACAGUUAUGUGACAAGGAAAUUAAUUGAUGUAGAAAAGCUGACUUCAAUGCAUAUUCUACCAACACUGAACAACCCACUAUAUGAUCCAAUUAAGGAAAUGCAGCCAUUAAUGAGUCAAGAGGAUACAAUCUUUGUUUUCCAAUCAAGUGAAGCUCCUAGAGAAGAAAAUGACAGCCAUGUUGCAUGUCAUUCUGAUGAGUACACAGCACAUAUGCCGAUCCGUUCUGAAGGAAGAGUUGAUUUGCAUCUCAGGCAUGCAGGCAUUACACAGACAGGCCCAGUGGCUGAUUUUCUUGACAGGCAUUCAUUAUGUGAAUUUUCGGUUGAUAGGAUAUCUGAUUCAGUAUUAUCUGACCAGCUACACUCCGUACAAACACAUUAUGUGAAAAUUUCCAUGCCACAGUACUUAUUAACUCCAGAUGAAAACUGGGUUGCCUUAACCAUGGACAGUACAUUGCAACACCAUCUGAGUACUCAUGCCACUAAUGAAGCAAGUCCACAGUCCCAUAGUAUACUGGCUUCCACUGUUAUCUCUUACCAGUUCACAAUGUCUGAUUUUAGCUACAUCCAGUACCAAGGGGAUUCUUACAUGGAAUUUCAGGGUUUUGCCUUACAUCCACACAACAAUAUCAGUUUAGAAUUCCAGACUACUGGUUUCCAAGGAGUCCUUCUACAUAUUGAACAGAAUCCAACAACAAUGGGACAUUUCUUUAUUCAGCUUUCUGUCAUGCAUGGUAUCUUGCAGUAUGAGUUUUCAUGUGAUGAGUGGGAAGAAAUUAGAAACAUCAAUACUAAUGUGAGAGUGGAUGAUGGACAGAAAUACAGAGUGUACAUUAGGCAAGACCUGGUAAUAUGUGCAGCUGAAGUGACUGUUCUAGAAAUAACGACAAAAAGAAGCAUGGCCAGCAACCAUUGUUCAUCUUUGAUCUGGCAAGAAACAGGAGCAAUAUUUAUAGGUGGUCUGCCUCAUCGUUUUGCAAUGAAACAGGUGACAGGAUCUGUCUUCAAUUUUACUGGAUGUAUUGAAGUUAAAGAAAUCAAUAACCAGGGACCUUUCACCUUUCCUAAUGCUGUGGACAGGAACAAUGUUGACAGCUGCAGAUUUCCUGCGUCUAAUGGAACAUCUGGAAUAGUCCUGGGCACUGUUUCUGCAGUAUCUGAAGCACUCAAGUCCCCACCUGUUCACCCAGCAUUAUCACUCCUCUGUCAAGAGAACUUGUGCCAGAAUGGAGGAACUUGCCAUCAAAUGAAUCUUUGGGGUGGAGUGACCUCAUUUCGGUGUGACUGCCCUCUUCAUUUCACUGGUCGUUUCUGUGAAAAAGACACUACACUGUUCUUUCCAUCAUUCAGUCCGGAUUCUUAUUUAGAACUACCUUCGUUAACAUCUCUGUCUGAGGAUGGAUUCGCAACAGGACAGGAAUGGAGCAGAAUGACGAUCUACUUGACAGUGAAGACAAAUGCUUUAAAUGGAACUCUCCUUUACACCAGAGGCAGCUAUGCUGGAGAACACUUCCUCCACCUUUACCUUUUGCAUGGAAGGCCAACUCUUCGGGUUGGUUAUGGCAAUCCAGAGGAGAUUCUGACCAUGGCCACCAACCACUCCAUUAACAGUGAUGCUCUUGUGCCGAUCACAAUCAGAUAUAUACUCCCCCUUAGCAAGUUUGAAGGUUAUGGCCUGAUUGAAAUGACUGCAAAUGAAAGUUCUCCUGUACGCCAGGAAAUCUCUCUGCAACAUCAGCUGACUCAGGUUACUUUUGGGCCAGUAUUCCUUGGAAAUGUCCCUCAUCAUGUUAAGAUUCACCCAAGCUCAGGUUGGAUUCAUGGCUUCAGAGGCUGCAUAAGGGAAUUCCAAGUGAACAACAAAGAACUGUUCAUCAUUGAUGAGGCUUUGGGAGGAAGGAACAUCGAGAACUGCAAUGUUCCUAUCUGUGACUAUCAUCCAUGCCGCAAUGGUGGCACUUGCACAAGUGAUACAGAAAAUUGGUUCUGUGAAUGCUCUCCCCUCUAUUCUGGAAAAUUAUGCCAGUUUUCAACGUGUGCAGAAACCCCAUGUGGGAAUGGAGCAACAUGUGUUCCCAAAUCCGACCAAGACACUAUAUGUCUCUGCCCCUAUGGAAGAACUGGAAUUCUUUGUAAUGAUGCUAUUAAUAUUACCUAUCCUAGCUUCAGUGGAAUAGAUGCCUUUGGCUAUACAUCGUUCCUCGCUUAUUCGGCUAUUCCAAAUAUCAGCCUACACUAUGAAUUCCAUCUGAAGUUUCAGCUGUCAAACAACAACUAUUCUAUACAAGACAAUUUAAUAUUUUUCACUGGCCAAAAGGGUCAAGGUCUCAAUGGUGAUGACUUCCUUGUGCUUGGCCUGCGAAAUGGCAGCGUGGUCUACAGCUACAACCUGGGAUCUGGAACAGCGACUAUUAUAAGUGAGCCUUUAGAUCUGACACGUCAAAUUCACAUUGUCAGGCUGGGAAGAUGUCUUCAGGAUGGUUGGAUGAAGGUGGAUGAUCAAGAAAAUAAAACCAUUACAUCUCCAGGAAAGCUGGUUGGACUUAAUGUAUUCAGUCAGUUUUACGUAGGAGGCUACAUUGAAUAUAUCCCAGAACUCUUACCAUAUGGAUCCAUUUUUAAGAAUGGGUUUCAAGGAUGCAUUUUUUACAUUCAGGUCCGCUCUGGGAGGGCUCAGAAGUUUAAAGCACCAGGGAUCCCAGAAGGCCAUCCCAAUGCUGGUCGCAAUGUAGGGCAGUGUGAAGAGUCUCCAUGCCAACUGAUAAAAUGCAAAAAUGGAGGGACAUGUCUAGAAAGUGGCUCUACCCUUUACUGCCGGUGCCCCACUGGCUGGAAAGGGGCAUUCUGCACAGAGACCAUUUCUGUGUGUGACCCUGAGCACAACCCUUUGCCCAAAUGUCAACAAGGCUCUACUUGUGUUCCCCUGCCAGAUGGAUACUCCUGCCAUUGUCCAUUAGGGACCACUGGGGUCCACUGUGAGCAAGCCCUGGCCAUAAGUGAUGCAUCUUUCAGUAGCAAGAAAUCCUCUUGGAUGGCAUUUGAUUCCUUCAAUAUUCGACACAAGGUUCACAUCCAAAUACAAUUCCAGACCCUUUUGAGUGAUGGCAUCCUCUUUUACACUGCACAGCACCUGAGCCCACGAUCAGGUGAUUUCCUAAGUAUCUCCUUAGCCAAUGGAUAUGUGCAGCUACGCUACAACCUAGGGGACAGAAUCAUCAUUCUUCAGACCUUUCAAAAUGUACUCACCUCAAAUAAUACUUGGUAUUUAAUUAAAGCAGGAAGAGUUGGCAAUGAAGGCUACCUCGAUCUCGAUGGCAUCAAUAUAACCCAGAAAGCUAGCAGUGGUAUGACUGCUCUGGACACACGCACAGAUUUCUACGUUGGCGGUGUGACUUCGUUAAACUUGGUGAAUCCUAUGGCGAUCCAGAAUGAGCCCACUGGAUUUACUGGAUGUAUUCGAGAGAUCCUUGUCAAUAACAAAGAACUAAAGCUAACUGAGAAUGGAGCAAAGCGUGGUUCUAAUGUAGGUGACUGUGAUGGAACAUUUUGUGGGUACAAAGUGUGUAAAAAUAAUGGAAAAUGCCAAGUUGAAAACUCUGGCUUUUCUUGCUUGUGUCCCAAGAACUGGGUAGGGAAAAUAUGUGAGCAAUCGACUUACUGUUCUCACAAUAAGUGUCUACAUGGAGGGAUUUGUAAACCUAACCCUGUGUUAUUCUCAUACACAUGUAUAUGUAAAUUGGGUUGGUCAGGCUUUUGGUGUGAAAAACAGGUAUGGUUUUUUACUGCAAAAUUCACAGGUAAUUCAUACAUCAAAUAUGUCGACCCCAAGUACAAAACAAGGGACCUCAGGUUCACGAGAGUCUCUUUCAAUUUUACCACGACUAAUAUGGAUGGCUUAUUUGUCUGGCUAGGAAAGACUGAGGACGAGGACAAUGACUUCCUUGCUGCUGGACUUGAUCAUGGAAUGCUAAAAGUUGUGGUAAACCUGGGAGAGAAAACCACCAUCCCUCUAAUUCACCAAGGAAAGUCGCUAUGUUGCACACAGUGGCAUUUUGUCACCAUUGCACAAGAGGAGACACACAUUAAAGUGUACCUUGAUGAGGAAUUAGUUCUCUUUGAAGAUAUAGAUCCACAAAGAAAAUAUUCUGUCCUCAAUUAUGAAGGCAUUUGCUAUUUUGGAGGAUUUGGGUUAGACAGAGAAGUAAAUAUUGUUACCUCAGGGCUUUUUAACCAAGCACUCAUGGGUAAAAUUAAAGAUGUUGCACUUUUUCGAGAUUCUAGAAAAGUCAUGUUGAUUAAGGGAGAAGGCUAUAAUGUUCUUAGUGGAGAUAAAGAUUAAUUGAUUAAUUUUGACUCUAUCUAGAGCAAAAUUCUACCUACUAUGUAUGAGCCCAUACUAAAAACUUACAUAUAAAUAAUUGUCUUUGUUAAGACAACAAUGUGUAUCUGUGCCCUAUAGGUUCCAUGCAAAUCUUUGGGCUCUGCUUGUUCCCUUAGGUUUGCUGGGAAAGAUCACACUGGGGGCUUGGGUGCAUCUGCAGUGUAGAAUUAAUCUAGUUCGACACCACUUUAACUGCCAUGGUUAAAUGUUAUGGAAUUCUGGGAUUUCGUGGGGCAGUAUCACUGUUUGGCAAAGAAGGCUAAAGAUGUACAACUCCAACUCCAGUAAUUGCAUAACACUAAGCUAUGGCAGGUAGUGAUGCCAAGCUGCAUUCAUUCUACAGUGUAGAUGUACCCUUAGCCUCGGAGCCCAUCACCCCUACUCCAUUUAUUUGCCUACAUAAUUUUCACAAAUCAUGUCCAAUUCCUUCAGUCUUUAGGCCUAUAGUUCUGCCAUGAUCCUACUCUCUUCCCUCUCUGUUUAAUUACCAAAGUUUUUCCAGGUCUAUGGUUUUCAGACCAUUCUGUUUUAGUUUUAACCACUUUCUCUUGACCAGUCUCCCUGUUACUUUUUUUUCUCAUAGCUGUUGAAAAAUCUGAGUAAUAAUUUCUUUCCUCUUCCAUUCUCCUUAACACUUGUCACAAUURUCUACUUUAUACCAUUAUUUUAACCUCUUUGGUUCUGAAUCCUUAUUCCCUAAUAUAGUCCUAUUUCCCCCCCCCCCCCCCCCCAUUCUUAUAUAUCCCCAGUGCAAGGCUUAAAUCCCAGGCAAACUGACAACAGUCCAAAUAAACAGCAAAGAACUAACUGUACAUACACAUGGCAAGCCAGUCGUGUCAAGCCUCAUGGAAGAUGUUUUAGAGGCUCUUCUUUAGAAACUGGAAAUUGGCUUUGCCCACACUCAUUGCAACUGCUUGAUGUUGUACUAGUUAACCCUCCAUAUUUGUUGCAGUUAGGAUCCCCAUGGAUAUGGAAAAAUGUAUUUUUAAAAGCCAUUUUUCUUUAGCUGCUGCACAAUGGUGUGGUCAACUUCAGUUGUCCUCUAGGGAUCUCCGAGUCCUCCAGGUUGACUUUAUGGGCAACUUACAGUGAAAUCUUGGAGAGUUCUAUAAAUUAUAAAAUCUGCAAAAGUCAAAUACACAAAUGUGGAGGGCCAAUUGAAGAUUUAUAUAUAUAUGCUAUCAAAUAACAGUUGAGAAAAGGUAAUUAUUGUUUUAAUGCAAAUAUACAGUGGGGUCUUUAUAUUUGCUGGGGUUUGGGAUCCUCUAAGGCUACCGAAAUGUAUCGAUGUUCAAGUUCCUUAAUAUACAAAGAUGUAGUAAAAUAGUGUCCCUUAUACAAAAAUGACAAAAUCAUGCUUUUUGUUUUUGAAUAUUUUCAAGCCAUGGAUGGUUGAAUGUGGAUACACUCACUACACAUGGAGUGCUGACUGUAGUAUUUUGAGAAUACCAAACCUUUUUCUGUAUUUUCUAGCUGCUGUUAUAAAUCAAAUAAGUAAGGCAUGUAGGCAAUUAUGGGUAAGCAACCUACAGUUAUGUAUCUGUAGCCAAUUCAUAUUUAUGGUCCCAACAUAUUCAUGAUUGCAACACAACUGCAAUGAUUGUCAAAGUCCACUGUUUUAUCAGCGAGCAGCCACUGCAAGCAACAAUGAUCCGUUCUCCUAUAGAUCAUGAAGCAAUGCUUUGAUGUUACUUAUCUUGAGGUGCAUCCACACUGUAGAAUUUAAAGUGUAACCCCACUUUAACGGUGAUAGUUCAGUCCUAUGGAAUCCUGGCAUUUGUAGUCUGGUGAGUUACCAGAACUCUUUGCUACAGAAGUCUGAAGACCUUGUUAAACUACAACUACCAGGAUCCUAAAGUAUUGAACCAUGGCAGUUAAAAGUGCAUACAAUUUACCACAUUCAAUUUACAACAUAGAUGCACCUUAAGUAGCAGUUAUAGGGGUUUGUUCCUUAGGAUUCAUGACAUAAAAUGAGUUUUUAAUAUUGUUGUAAACUUUAUGCCUUUUCAAUUGUCACUAUCUCUUUCUGUGUUUUGGGAUGCAUUCAUUCAAAACAUAAAUGCCAAAUCUCCUUCCCUCCCUCUCCUUUCUACUGCUGCAAUGACAGUGAGUUCAAAUACCAUUUUUUGUAGCAAAGCCUUCCCAAGAUGGCUUGUUAUAUAUGAUUGAAAUAAAAACAAUUUUAUUCAGUUCUAAAAUAAAAGCAGAAAGUUUGAAACCCAACACACAGCACUUUUAAAUAACACACUGUUUGAAACGCACAAUUUUUCACAAAUCUGUUUGAAACUACAAAAAAGAUGAUACUAUGCAUGUUUUUUGAAGAUUUGUAGAAAGCACUAAAAAUGUUUUGUCUUGGUUUCUUGUAAUCAAGUCCCACAUUUGUCCAUAUUCAGGAGCAAGAUUUGUAAUCUAAAUGAGAAGUUUGUGGUUACCAAAGAAUCAAGGGAAAAUGGGUUGCUAUGAGUUUUCCAUGCUGUAUGGCCAUGUUCCAGAAGCAUUCUCUCCUGAUAUUUCACCCACAUCUCUGGC